AUGACGGAGAUCAAAUACAUAGGACACACACUGAGUGCUCAAGGAGUUAAGCCAGAUGAAGGAAAAGUAAGGGCAGUGACUGAAAUCCCACCACCACAAAGCAAGCCAGAACUGCAAAGAUUUCUGGGAGUGGAGCAAUAUCUGGCAAAGUUCAUUCCCAAUAUGUCUGACAUAAGUGCACCUUUGAGGAAAUUGCUGGAGAAAGAGACAGAGUGGCACUGGGAGGAUGCUCAACAGCAAAAUGCCAGUUCAGAAGGACUAGGAGCUGUGAUUCUGCAAGAAGGAAGGCCAGUGGCUUACGGCUCGAGAGCUCUGAACGACUGUCAGCGUAGAUACGCACACAUUGAAAAGGAGUUGUUGGCCAUAGUUUAUGGUUGUGAGAAAUUUCACCAGUAUGUGUACGGAAAGGAAAUCAUGAUUGAAAGUGAUCACAAGCCAUUAGAGAGUAAGAAGCCGCUGCAUCAGGCUCCUAUGAGAUUACAAAGAAUGCUUUUACGGCUACAGAGAUACAAUCUGAAGGUGAUGUACAAACCUGGUGAUGCUGAAGGAUUGAGUGUUUUCAGAAAGCAGUGCUGUGUAAGAUCAGGCUCACAUGUGUCCAGCUCUGUGUCUCUGAAGAGUGAUCGCUCUAAAGAUGGAGAAGGACCAGACUUUAGUGAGGAAACACCAUCAUCUAAUGAAAGUGUAAGAUCAGGCUCACAUGUGUCCAGCUCUGAGUCUCUGAAGAGUGAUUGCUCUAAAGAUGAAGGACCAGACUUCAGUGAAAAAACACCAUCAUCUAAUAAAAGGCUUCAAUAUGAGACAUUCGACUCAGACCUUCAGACUCACAGGAACCACGAGAAUUUCAAAGACAAUCUUCUUGGGAUCUUCCAGGAUCUUGAGAGCAAAAUAAUCACGUUUCUGAAGAAUGAGCUGGAGAAGUUAAAGAAAAUAUUACAACAUGAGAACACACAACACUUUGUGAAGGACUUUAAUGAGAACAGAUCCAGUAUCAAAUCAGCAGCUCUUGAUCUCACACUACAUUACCUGAGAGAGAUGAAGCAAGAUGAAGCUGCUGAUGCUCUAGAAGAUGAGCUGUUCUUCAUUCAUCAGCUGAAAUGUGGCCUAAAGAAGAAGUAUCAAUGUGUGUUUGAAGGAAUGGCGAAGCAAGGUGACUCCACACUCCUGAAUAACAUCUACACAGAUCUCUACAUCACUCAGGGUGGCAGUGAACAGGUCAAUACUGAACAUGAGGUGAGACAGAUUGAAGUUGCUUCCAGACGUCAUGAAGCACAAGAGAUACAGGUUGAAUGCACACAUUUGUUUGAAGCGCCUGAACAAGACAAGGAGAUCCGAACUGUACUGACAAAAGGAGUCGCUGGCAUCGGGAAAUCAGUCUCUGUGCAAAAGUUUGUUCUGGACUGGGCUGAAGGAAAAGAAAAUCAAGAUAUCAGCUUCAUAUUUCCUCUUCCAUUCAGAGAGAUGAACUUAAAGGAGAAAGAAAAACUAUGUUUGAUGGACCUUAUAACUCAAUUUUUCCCAGAGACAAAAGGACUGAACCUUACAAGAAGGAAUCAGUUCAAAGUGCUGUUCAUCCUUGAUGGACUGGACGAAUGUCGCCUUCCUCUGAAGUUUGAUUGUAAUGAGACGUGGCGUGAUGUAUCGUCACCAGCCUCUCUGGAUGUUCUCCUAACGAACCUCAUGAAGGGAAAUCUGCUUCCUUCUGCUCUCGUCUGGAUCACCAGCAGACCAGCAGCUGCCAGUAAGAUUCCUCCUGACUGUAUCGACCGGCUGACAGAGAUACGAGGAUUCAGCGACGCACAAAAGCAAGAGUACUUCAGAAAAAGAUUCAAGGAUGAUAUUCAAGCCAACACAAUCAUAGAUCAUGUUAAACAAUCAAAGAGUCUCUUUAUCAUGUGCCACAUCCCAGUCUUCUGCUGGAUUUCAGCCACUGUUCUCCAGAACAUUCUGCAGGAGAAGAGAAAUAAUGAUGUGAAAAACACUCAGGCUGAUGAGAUCUCUAAAACACUGCAGGAAUCAAACACUGAAGACACUCCCAAGACUCUGACACAAAUGUACACACACUUUCUCCGCUUUCAGAUCCAGCAGAGCCGCCGAAAAUAUGAUGGAGAAUACACACCAGAUGUUUCCUGGGAUAAAGACGCCAUCCUUUCACUGGGGAAACUGGCAUUUCAUCAUCUGGAAAGAAACAACCUGAUCUUCUAUGACACAGACCUGGAAGCCUGUGGUGUUGACGUCUAUAAGGCAUCAGUGUACUCAGGCAUGUGUACCCAGAUCUUUAAGGAGGAAACAGGGAUCGUUCUUGGUACCAUGUACUGCUUUGUUCACUUGAGCAUUCAAGAGUUUAUUGCAGCCCUUUAUGCACAUCUGUUUCUAGACAUCAACAAGACAAGUGUGUUUGAUCAUGAGUCUACAGAACAGGAGAACCGAAAUGAAACCAUGAUUGAUUUUCUCAAGACUGCAGUGGACAAGGCGCUGGAGAGUGACAAUGGACACCUGGACCUUUUCCUUCGCUUCCUCCUCGGUCUGUCACUCCAGUCCAAUCGACGACUCUUACGAGGUCUGUUGACACAGCGAGACGGCACUGACCAGAGCAACAAGGAGAUAGUUCAGUACAUCAAGCAGAAAUUAGAAGCUAAUCUUCCUGCAGAGAGAUCCAUCAAUCUGUUCUACUGUCUGAAUGAACUGAACGACCAAACUCUGGUGAAGGAGAUUCAGACCCACCUUAGCAAAGGAAGUCUCUCAUCUGGUGACCUUUCACCUGCCCAGUGGUCUGCUUUAGCCUUUGUGUUGUUGACAUCAGAGGAAGAGCUGGAGGAGUUUGAGCUUCAGAAAUUCAAGAAAUCAGACGAGUGCCUCAUUAGAUUAUCGGCAGUCAUUAAAACCUCCAAAACAGCCCUGUUAAAUGAUUGUAACUUAACAGACAAAAGCUGUUCAGCUCUGGCUGCAGUUCUUGGAUCAGAUACCAAUCUGAAAGAGCUGAACAUGAACAAUAAUAAUCUGCAGGAUUCAGGAGUGAAGCUGAUCUGCACUGGACUGAAGAAUUUAAAGUGUAAAUUGGGGAUACUGAGACUCUCUAACUGCAGUGUAACAGAAGGAGGUUAUAAAGCUCUGGCUUCAGCUCUGAGAUCAAACCCUUCACACCUGAUAGAGCUGGAUCUCACAGGGAAUGAUCCUGGACAAUCAGGAGUGAAGCAGCUCAAUGAUUUACUACAGGAUCCACACUGUCAACUGAAGACACUCAGGUUUUUGAGUCCUGCUGCAGAGGAAGCCUGUCAGUAUGUGAAUAGAGUUGUGGGUGAAAACCCGUUUCUCCAGAGAAAGCUGAAUCUGAUUGAUCAUAAACUAGGAGACACACGAGUGAAUCAGAUCGCUGCUCUACUGCAGGAUAAACACUGUCGACUCAACACACUGACUCUGAAUAGCUGCAGUAUUACAGAGAAACAGAGUCUCAUCCUGACUUCAGCUCUGAAAUCAAACCCGUCACACCUGAGAGAGCUGGACCUGAGCGGGAAUAAUCUAGGAGACUCUGGAGUGAAAAACCUCAGUGAUCUACUGAUGAACCCACAAUUCAAGCUGGAGAAACUACAUCUGAGUGAUUGCAGUAUUACAGAGAAACAGAGUCUCAUCCUGACUUCAGCUCUGAAAUCAAACCCGUCACACCUGAGAGAGCUGAACCUGAGCUGGAAUAAUCUAGGAAACUCAGGAGUGAAGCACUUAUGUGCCGUACUGAAGGAUUCACACUGUAAACUGGAGAGAUUGAGGUUAAGCUACUGUGAUAUGACAGAUGAAGGUUGUUCUGAUGUGACUUCAGCUCUGAAAUCAAACCCGUCACACCUGAGAGAGCUGGACCUGAGCGGGAAUAAACUAGGAGACUCUGGAGUGAAAAACCUCAGUGAUCUACUGAUGAACCCACAAUUCAAGCUGGAGAAACUACAGUUAGUGUCAUUAUACUGUACAGCAAUUACAGUGUGACUGAAGUUUAUUUAUUUGAAGACAGCAGGGC